CCCGGGCAGGGCAGGACGAGGGACGCAAGGUCCUUCCCCGGUGCCCGCGCGGCCUGCGGCAGCAUGAAAAAGAACCAGACGGUGCAGGGCACCUUCAGCAAGCUCUUCGGGAAGAGGCACGCCAACCCCGCCGCCACCUCCCUCUACGCCACCAACCCCCCGUGGAUUUUCACCCAGGAGGCCCCGGAGGAGGGGACCCGGGAUUUUGAUGGGAUCUAUUACGGAGAUAAUCGCUUCAACACGGUGAGUGAGUCGGGAACAGCCACACUGAAAGCUCGGCCGAGAGUCCGGCCACUGCUGACCUUCCUUCCACUGAAUGCCCAGGAGAACCAUGGGCUGGCUGUGCCCACCCCCUCUGUCCCAGAAGACUUUGCAGACAAAGAAGUGACAGGUACCGGCUCGCUAGUCAAUGGCAACCUCCGGCUGUACAGCUCUGUGGGUGACCUGAGGCCUGGGCACUAUGGCUCAGAUCUACCCAUCCCCCCACCUCCCCCAGGCCCAGCCCCAGGGCCACCCCAGGACAUUUUACCUCCAGAGGAAUCACCCCCACCACCUCCACCUUCCACAGCUCCCCCACCACCUCCUCUGCUAUUGGAACCUCCACCCCCACCCCCACCCAGCAUGGUCCCACCUCCACCCCCAAUAUUGGACACCUUAUCUCCCUCACCCAACCUCUCCCCACCAUCUACACCAACCCCUCCUGACUUCAUUCCUCCCGCCCCACCAUUGGCUUUUCUAGAUCCCUCACCACCCUCUUUGCCCACCCCAGCACCCCCAGCUCCAGUGUCUCCUCACACAACGGGGAUUCGUCUCUUUCCCCCUGGGGGUGUCACCAAAUGGAAAUCAGAAGUAGCACUGAAUGGAAGGCAGCCAGAAACCCCCAGAACCAGCCCCCCCAGGAGUCCUGCUGAGCUAAAGGGGAGCCCCCUGGGACCUAACCCAGAGCCUCACCUCACCUUCCCCCGUUCAUUCAAGGUGCCUCCCCCAACACCUGUCAGGACUUCAUCUAUCCCUGUUCAAGAAGCACAAGGAGACCCCCCAGAGAAACAGGAGGCCGACAGGAAGGCCCCUAGCCACCUCUCCCUGCCUCCCAGCUUCCACAUCCGCCCCGCAUCCCAGAUCUACCCAGACAGGGCCCCCGAGCCAGACUGCCCCAGAUUGCUCAGGGCGAAGGCACCAGACAGCCCAAGGCCCAGGCAGUCUGAGUCCCUGACAAAUGAACAAGCUGGGACUCCACCCCCAGCCCCUCCCCUGCCCCCUCCUGCACCCCCACUUACUCCCCCAGCACCCCCCCUUCCCCCUGCUGCUCCUCCAUUGCCUUCUGCUGAGCAGGUGGCUCCUCCAUCUUCUGGGUUUGCAAAAAGCUCCAAGUCUAUUUCACCUGCUCUCAAACCCAAACCCAAGCCCAAGCCCCCCAGUGUAGAGGGCGCAUCAGAGCCUGUGGACUGGCGGGAUCCCAACCAGAUGGAAAAGCUGCGGAGCGAGCUAGCAGCCUAUCUCUGUGGCUCCAGGAGAGAGGACCGAUCCCUCAGUCAUAGGCCAGGCCCCACAGUGGCCUCUCAGGUCAAGGAGGGCAGGAAGAGCCCCAGUUCACCAGAGGAAGCAGCUCCCCCAAGCCUGCCAGAGAAGAUCCCCCCAAGUGCUCCCGAGAAGAGUCCCCGCAGCCCCAGGCAGUCAGAGAGGGAGGCCACCCGCAGCCUGACCCUCCCACCUGUGGACUACAUGCCUCAGGACACUCCAGCCCCCAGCGUCAGGCAGAUCCGCAAUGAGCUGGAGGCCCGGCUCUCAUUGGCAGACAAGGAAGCCAAGCCCAGUGCAGGGUCUCUGCCUCCCAAACCUCGGACAGAAGGUGGAAGAGUCUUUGAAAAUGGGACUGAUAAUGGCAAAUUCUCCAAGCCUGUAGCCAAGAAUCCACCAUCUCUAUCCACCACCCCCCUGCCAGCCACACCACUCCAGUCCAAGGCUGCGCUUGGGCUGAACACACCACCCAAGGCCACACCUGGGCUGGCCACACCACCCAAGGCCACACCUGGACCAACCAUACCACCCAAGGCCACACCUGGGCCAGCUAUACCACCCAAGGUCACAUUUGGUUCAGCCAUACCAUCCAAGGCCACAUCUGGUUCAACCACACCACCCAAGGCCACACCUGGGCCAGCCAUAUCGUCCACAGCUACAACUCUGCCCACCACAUCAUCCCAACAGGUGGCAGAGAAGGACCUCGUCCCAGGUGAGCAGAGGAAGAAGCCAGAAUCUCAAAGUGCAGUGCCUUCCCAGCCAGGAACAGUGGAAGAGUCCCCAUCAGUGGUCACAAGGCUGCCUGCACGGGGAGCUGUCUCCUCUCCUGCCCUCCCACCAAAGGAGUGCCCUGGCCGAGAAGAGGUGCCUUUUGUCUACAAGCCCCAUAGAAGCCAGAACAGCCCCAGCCGAGAAGUUGCUCUGGUGAUGCCUACCCUAGCCAGAGGAGAGGCUGUAGGGUCACGGGGGCCCUACAUGGAGGGGAAAGAGCCCCAGGGUCUGCCAGCCAAACUCCCUGCCCCAGCACAGCCUGCUAACCAACCCCUCAGACACCCUGUGACUGGGGAGGUGGUGGAGCGGGGCUCCCCGAUGGCCCUGCUCUUGGCAGCCAGACAGAGGGCACAGAAAGGCAGGCCUGGAGGGACUGUGCUGGGGCGGUCCUCCCUGCCCGGUAGUCUCCGGGGUCACAACAGCCAGCCGGAGACCAACUCUGACAGCAUCUUUUACAACGCUGCCCGGCCCAACUCGUUUAUGGUGGUCCCCAGGUCACCCAAUGAGGCAGAGAAGGACUUGCAGCCAACCUCAUCUGCGCAGACCACGGUACCCACUCAGUGGAAGCCCCGGACGGGAAGAGACCCAGAGGGCACCGAGCCGAUCCACCGGCACAAGUGGACAAAGGCAGAGCCCCCCGCCCCUGGGGCCUGGGAAAAACAAACUCCCUUCAACUUCCCCCAGGGCCAUCAGCUCCCCAAGUCCUUCUCAUCUCCACCUUCUCCUUCCUACAAGAGGGAGGAGGAGGAGGAGGAGUUCAGCUUUGAGGUCAUCCCGCCACCACCAGAGUUCAGCAAUGACCCUGAGCCCCCCGCCCCUGAGCUCCAGUAUCUGGGUCGCCGGGGGUCCCCUCCCAGGAACAACUUCUCGGACUUGGGGCAGCCCCUGAACGCGGGCUCCGCGGCCCCGUUCCCGCGCUUUCCCGGCGCGCACUACUCCGGGGCUGGAGUCCUGGAGCGCUUCUCGGGCGGGGGUCGUUCGCUCAUCAAGAAGCGGCUGUACGUCGGGGAGCCCCACCGCAACCCCGCCAUGCCCCGGGGCGCCACGGGCCGCAGCCUCAGUUCCCCCAACUGCUUCGGGUCGCAGCCCGGAGGCCCCGAGAUGCGACGCGUCAACCCGGCGGGCCGCGCGCCCCCCGGUGGCCUGAGCGCGCGGAGGACGUCCCUGGAGGGCGGCGCCCGGGGCGCGGCAGAGGCCAAGUACAAGGUGCCCGCCGCUCCCGCCGCCAGGUCUCCGCAUGGCUCUGCCCACUACGGAAAUCCCAUCAACACGUUCACUGUGAGGCCUGGGACUCGCCAUCCCAUCUCUUAUGCCUACUCUGGAACUCAUCGGAAAGCUACAUCCUGAGCCCGGGGUUCUCUCAGCUCUACUCCAGUGGGGUUGGACCUGGGCACUUGUUUUGUGGGGGUGGGAGGGUCACAGCAGGUG